GCUUCUCCUCGCCGCAGCCGUUCCCCCUCCUGCCUUCUCCGCGGAGCCUCCUCUUCGCCCAGCCGCCGGGGAGGCGCUCUGGCCCGCGCGGCCUUUGCGGGGCUCUGCCCGGGGGUGGCCCGGCCCGGCCGGGCCCGCGAUGAGGAAGAGGGCGGCCAGGCAGGCCCGACGGGCCCCGGCGAAGGUUGCUUUGACAUUUGCUGAUGUCACCGUCCGCUUCUCCCGAGAAGAAUGGGGAAUGUUGUCUGCAUCUCAGAAGGAAGUGUACCGGGAUGUGACAGCUGACAAUUAUGCCAGUCUGGUGUUUCUAGGCCUGAUGACUGCGAAACCGCUGCUCCUUUCCAGGCUUGAACAAGGGCAGGAAUGGUAUGACGAGGAGCCAACGGAGACCCCCUGGUUCCCCUGCGUGGGUGAGAAGCAGCUGAAUGCUAGGAAAGGAAGUAGACCUUAUCCCACUCCAAGGCCUCAAGAGACUGCCUCUGAAAUACUAAAAAAGAGCAAUCGAUGCCCACGGAGGAGCAGCUCUCCUCGGCUCAGAGGCCCUUCCACACCGAGUGAGUGUCCACUUAAGCAUAAGAGAGGCUACAAGUGUAAUUAUUGUGGGAAAACCAUUGGCAGCCGGAGAAACUUGUUUACACACAAGAAAAUCCACACUGGAGAGAAACCAUACACCUGUCCGACUUGUGGGAGGAGGUUCAAUCGCAGCGAACACUUAAUAGUGCACGAGAGAACCCACACGGGAGAGAAGCCCUUUCAGUGCAAGGACUGUGGGAAACAGUUCAGCCAGAAGGCAAACCUCCGCAGGCAUGUCAUGAUCCACUCGGGUGAAAAGCCCUUCAAAUGCUCCGAGUGUGGGAGGAGGUUCAUGGAGAAGGUGUACCUCACUCGGCAUGAGAAACUUCACACGGGGGAUAAACCAUAUCAAUGCAAUGAAUGCGGGAAAAGUUUCAUUAUAAAGAAAGUCCUGCGGCUCCACCAGAAGAGCCAUUUGGGGCCUUACCCAUGUGCUGAGUGUGGAAAAAAAUUCAGGACGCAGGUGGCCCUGAAGUAUCACCGGAGCACUCACUCUGGAGAGAAGCCAUUUGUGUGUGCGGAAUGUGGGAAAUGCCACACCACGAAAGCCCAGCUGAUGUACCACCAGCGAUCCCACCUGGAAGACCCUCUCUACCAGUGUAGCUACUGCGACAAAACCUUUAAGCAGAAGACCCUCCUCAGGUCCCACCAGAGCAUCCACAGUGGCGAGCGGCCUCACAAAUGUACCGAAUGCGAGAGCAGCUUCCGCCGCAAGAGCGCACUUACGAAGCACCUGAGAACUCACACUGGAGAGAGACCCUUCGCCUGCCCCGAGUGCGAGAAACGGUUCACCACCAAGGACAGUCUCCAGAGCCACCAGCAGAUCCACACUGGGGAGAAGCCCUUCAAGUGCAGCUACUGCGAGAAGAGCUUCCGGCAGAACAGGAUGUGUCAGAAGCAUGAGCAAGUCCACACCGCAGAGCGGCCGCAGUGCAGUCAGUGUGGGAAGAGGCUGCGCACGCAGCGGGAACUGACAACCCACCUGAGAGUCCACACAGGGGAGAAGCCCUUUCAGUGCCCCCACUGUGACAAGGGGUACCACCGGAAAAACGAUCUGGUGAAGCACAUGAAGAACCCAUGCAAGGAGUGAACUGCCCCCAUGGCUGGGGCAUGUCCAGCUGUGGCAUGAGAGGUCUUGGUAAUGUGCUUUGAGCAUGUGUUGUCACAAGUAAAAGAUCUUAAAGAGAUGUCAGUAUAGACAGCACAUGCCAUUUAGUAUGAGAAGCUGGCAUUUUGAUGAGGAAAUCUCACACAGGAUGUAUGUCUGUGUCUCUAUGGAAAUUUCAAUGAAUUUCAUAGUAGACUAAGCUUGAGUUGAUUUUAAAUGGUCUUAAGAAAUGUUGAGUUUUACUUUUAAUUGCAUGCAUAUGUUUAAUGCUUAUUGGAUUCAUUUAUAUAUGAUAAUCUUGCUCAAUUAAAUAGAUCAAAGUUUAUUUCCAUAAUGAAUA